AUGUCUGAAAAUCUUGAAGUCGAAGACUCUACUGAGAAUAACAUUUCCAAACUAGAAUCACACAUUCUUGACUUAAACAAAAAUGCUAUGGCAAAUUUAGAUGAUCCAAAAGAAUCUCUUCAGCUUUUGCAAAAAGCUGAAAAAAUUCUACUCGACGGGACAAAUCCUGAUAUUAGUAGAAUGCAAAAUCGAUUAAAAUUAACUGCAAUCACAUUCAAUAAUUUCGGCUGUCACUAUAAACGAAUCAAACAGCCCAAUGUGGCUCUAUUCUAUUUGAAGCAAGCAUUCAAACUGGAAGUGCAAACUUAUUCAGACCCUGCAGCAAUUGCAUCAACUCAGCUUAAUAUUUGUGCAAUUAAUUCACAACUGGGAAAGCAUGAUAUAGCGUUGAGCUACGCAAAGCAAGCUUUAAGCUUGCUAACUCCCUCUCAACCGUGAGAGAACAAAAUUUUGUCGCUCACGGAGGGAUUAGUUUUUUUAAAAAUUUAUAUAUUAAUUUUACAAUAAAUUUUUUUUGGGAAUUCAUAUUUCUUAAAAUUUGAGAGCAAAUAUUUAUUUAAUUUUUGAAUUUAUGUUUUAAAAUGCAAGCUGUUUAAAUAAACAGAUUAGCAGAGAUUUCACUAUUCCAAUUAUCACUUAUAAAUCAAAUAUUUUUUUCAUAAAAAAUUAUUAUAUUAUUAAAAAAAUUUUUUGAUCGCUCACAGAGGGUGAGUUUUUAGGCAAAAAAUAGGGAUUUUUCCAAUAGUUUUGUUUUUUUAAAAUAGGGGAGUAAGGGAUUUGGAAAAUAAUGAUGAGAAUUUAGCUGAAAAUUCUAUAACAACGCUGGUUGUUGCUCAUUAUAACAUUGGCGUGGAAUCAGAGUAUCUCCAAAAAUUUGAUUCAGCUUUGGAACAUUAUCAAAAAGGCUAUGAUUUCUCUAUAAAGCACUUACCGUUUCAUCGGUUAGUUUUUUAAAAAUUAUUAAGGACUUAGAGACAUUUAUAAAGAUAGAGCUUCGAAAAUUAAAAUUUUUAUUUUAAGUCAGUGGAUUAGGACCCAGUAACCAAUUAACUGAAAAUUUGUGAAACAGUCUGAUGCAGUUGAACAAAAGGCAUGGAGCUAUUAAUAAUUUCCUCCAAACUCGCCAAACCAAAAGAGAACUUGGAAGAGUGAUUCCUCAUAACAUAACACCACUUAUUAAGACAAGAAAACCAGAAAUUCUAGAUACUUUUUCAAGGUUGAAUAGCCCAGGGCUCCGAAAAUCUCCAUUACCGAAUGUAAGAUCAAGAAAAAGAAGUAGCCCAGAAGUGAAUUUGAAUCAUAGCUACCAUUAUAACCCUGGCAAUUUUCUACCUUUAUCAGGCUCACCAAUUGAGAGGAAAAAAAUUAUUGAAAUUGGGAUUGAUGGGACAUAAUUAUAAAAUGGCAACAUUUGUAGGGUUCGAUUUGCCAAUUGGCACUACUCACUUUACGUUUUAUAACUAAAGCUUUGUUUUAUAUGUGAUUUAUAUCCAGGCAAAGACAGGUAAGCACCGGGAUGGAUAUGUCUGCCCUCCAGCAUGUCCCAAGGGAAUGUGAGUGUGAAAGGCAAGUAAGACAGAAGUCGCUCACACAUAAACCAUCAAAGGCGUGAAUAUCGCCUCCAAGUGUGCUCUGGCUAUCGAAGCAGGCUGAUCUAGCGGCCUGUAAGCCCAACAUGUGGAAAAUGGUGGAGGUUCUGUGUUGUCUAACCCUUGGUGGAUGUUAAGGGCUGUCAGCAUAAGUUACGUUGAGAUUGGUGGGACACGGAAAUAUCUAGACGCAACUAGACGACUAAAACUGUACUGUUCUAAGUAUCUUAAUUAA